AUGAGGAUAAUUGACAAAAAUUAUAACAGUAGUGUGAGUUCAAAUAAUGUGCGUGAGCUUAACCUCAUCGAGCAAUUUUGGGCGUUAAUUAAACGUAAAGUUAGACGUGAAAAGCUUGAAGAUACCGAAACCCUGCAAGAAAGAAGAAUUGUUGGUGCUGCGAAUGAAGUUCCUAUUCAACAUUUUGAAAAUAUAAUUCAACAUUCAAAGAACCAGUUUAAUAAUUGUUUGAAUCAUAUUCCAAUUUAAUACCUAAUAUUUUUAUUUAAAAUAAAGUAUGAAAUGACCCUCUCACAAUCCACGAAUUG